GGGUGGUAUCAAGUUGGGCAAAAAGGGACACAACCACCCACCGAUUCGAUACAACGACGAAACGAAGGAAGACUUCUUGUUAACAUAUUGAAUAAAGCGAUGAGAAUGUGUUGUUUUUGGAACGUUACGGCUUUGAUCAUAAACAUUCAACGAUUUGACGAUGGGCGUCUGGAUGAGUCGACCCUUUGAGGUGGUACCGAACCAGAAAGGUGGCAAAAAUCUGCUAUUCUUCAACUACGUGUACCGCAAAGAAGCCAGCUUCAAGACGUCCAUCAACUGGGUCUGCAACCAGAAUGUGGUCUCCCGGUGCCAGGCCAGGCUCGUCCAGAAGACCGCGUCCGGUGAACUGAAACUUGGCAAACAUGGCCACAACCACGAUCCCGUAAAGAGUUGACGAAAUAAACUGUUGAUUUUAA